AUGGCACUCAAUCGAACGUUUACCCUCAAUACAGGGACUAAAAUUCCUGCUGUCGGAUUCGGCACGUGGCAGGCUGCACCGCACGAAGUCGAGAAGGCGGUAGAGAUAGCUCUCAGGGCUGGGUACAGGCAUCUGGACUGUGCGGCAAUCUAUAGAAACGAGACAGAGGUCGGCCUAGGCAUUCGGAAAAGUGGCGUCGACCGGAAAGACAUCUUCAUUACGACCAAGCUCUGGAACAGCAAACACGAUCCCAAGGAUGUCGAACCGGCACUCGACAAGUCGUUAAAGGAUCUCGGUCUCGACUACGUCGACUUGUACCUUAUGCACUGGCCCGUGGCUUUCGCAUCUGGCGACCGGUGGUUUCCCCUCGACGAGCAGGGCGUGUUCCGGCUGUCAAGUGUGCAUUUCAACGAGACGUGGAAGGCGAUGGAGGCAUUGUUGAAGACUGGGAAGACCCGCGCAAUUGGUGUCUCAAAUUUCAACGUUCGCCGUCUGAAGGAGCUCCUGUCCAGUUGCGAGGUAGUCCCUGCAGUUAACCAGGUGGAGGCACAUCCAUAUCUUCAGCAGCCCGAACUACUCGCCUUCUGCAAUGAGAAGGGAAUCCUGGUCCAGGCGUAUAGUCCCCUGGGUAAUAACAUGACCGGAGAGCUAAAGACGGUCGAUGACCCCGAAGUACAUGCCAUUGCAAAGUCCUUGGGGAUGGACCCCGGUGCAGUCCUCGUGAGCUGGGCCGUCCAACGCGGGACGGUGGUGCUUCCCAAGAGUGUCACCGAAAAACGCAUCCGCGACAACUUUCAAGAUGCUAUCCUCCCCGACGAUGCGAUGCAAAGGUUGAACGCGCUCGAGAGACACAAAAGGUUUAACUUCCCUGCCCGAUGGGGUUACGACAUCUUCGACGAGCUCGGUGAAGAGCAGGUCGCCAAAAUCGCAAAGGAAUCUGGGCUCGAGAAUCUGCAAAAAUUCACUGUUUGA